CAGGUGAGAAGAGUGAUGACCAUCCUGUUCCUUACUAUGGUUAUUUCAUACUUCAGUUGCAUGAGAGCUGCGCCCCUGAGAGACGGCCCAGGCAUGCAGGGCCAUCGGACGGAAGGCUAUCUGGGUGCCGGCGCUGCUGCUGCAACGGUCGCCAGAGGCCGCGGGACUCCGCAGAGUAGUGGCGGGCCAGGCCAGCGUGGGAUGCCCUCGCUCUCAGACACCUUUGAGCAGGUGAUAGAGGAGCUGCUGGAGGUAGAGGGGGAGGCAGAGGCAGCCCAGAUGGGACAGGGGGCAGACAAGAGCCAGGGAGGUGGGGGUCUGGCUUCAGUCGUCACCACCGAAAGCAAGGAUGUCGACAUGUACGACUCGCGGGUGAUGAUCAGCAACCAAGUGCCUUUGGAGCCGCCGUUGCUCUUUCUUCUGGAGGAAUACAAAAACUAUCUGGAUGCUGCUAAUAUGUCCAUGAGGGUGCGACGACACUCCGACCCCUUGCGACGUGGAGAGCUCAGCGUGUGUGACAGUAUUAGCCAGUGGGUGACAGCGGUGGAUAAAAAGACGGCAAUAGACAUGUCGGGGCAGACCGUUACCGUCAUGGAAAAGGUUCGCGUCCCCAAUGGCCAACUGAAGCAAUACUUUUACGAGACCAAAUGCAACACCAUGGGUUACACGAAGGAAGGCUGCAGAGGAAUAGACAAGAGGCAUUACAAUUCCCAAUGCAGGACAACCCAGUCCUACGUGCGAGCUCUCACCAUGGAUAGCAAAAAGAUGAUUGGCUGGCGCUUUAUAAGGAUAGACACUUCCUGUGUAUGCACAUUGACCAUUAAAAGAGGGAGAUAG